CAAACUUGAACGUGGUUCACCCAACACCACCAGACCGAAACAAGCAGUGCUACAACAAUAUUAGAAAGCGUGUGCACACACAGUCCUUAUCCUUUUCCACAUAACCAUCUUCUGAGUUUGUUGUUAAACACAUCUGCAAAAAUGGUUGCUCGAGUACCCGCCGGCAAGAAAAAUGCCAAAAAGACACAGAUGAAGUUCGUCAUCGACUGCGCCCGUCCCGUUGAUGAUAACAUCCUUGACAUCAACUCUUUCGUCAAGUUCUUGCACGACCGUGUUAAGGUUGAUGGCAAGGUUGGUAACCUAGGAAACAAGGUAUCCAUUAAAGCUGUUGGAGCCAAGAUCAACGUGACCGCUGAGGAGCCUUUUUCCAAGCGUUACCUAAAGUACUUGACCAAGAAGUACCUAAAGAAGCAUCAGCUUCGCGAUUGGAUGCGUGUAGUUGCUUCCGAUAAGGGAACCUACGAGAUCAAGUACUUCAACAUCAACAACGAUGAUGAUGAAGAUGACGAGUAAAGCAAUGAUAUGUAAAGAAUAAAUUUGCUAAAAGUCUCUGCUGCACCAUUAAUUACGAAGUGCUCGCUUGGUGCAUAAUUUGGCGAAUAAAGUAUUUUGGAUGCCAUUAUUUACGGAUUCAUGUUUCA